AUGCCCACUAUCUCGGUCGACAAGGCCGCUCUCUUCAAGGAGCUGGGCCGGGAGUACACUACGGAGGAGUUCGACGAGCUGUGCUUCGAAUUCGGAAUUGAGCUUGACGAAGAUACCACAGACCAGGACCGUCCGAUCGUCGAUGGCGUGCAGGAGCCGCCGCAGCUCAAGAUCGAAAUCCCCGCCAACCGAUAUGACUUGCUGUGCUUCGAGGGUAUUGCGUUGAUGCUCAACAUCUUCUUAAAGCGCAAGGCUCUUCCCGACUACAAGUUGGUGCCACCCGCCAACGGCCAGCUUGAGCAGAUCAUUGUGAAGGAAGACACUACGAAGAUCAGACCCUAUGUGUCGGGUGCUAUUCUCCGAGGUGUCAAGUUCGACAAGGCUCGCUAUGAGUCUUUCAUUGCUCUGCAAGAUAAGCUUCACCAAAACCUGGCCCGUCAACGGACCCUGGUCUCCAUUGGUACCCACGAUCUGGAUACCGUCAAGGGACCUUUCACCUACGAAGCUCUGUCUCCCAAGGACAUCAAAUUCGUCCCCCUGAACCAGACCCAGGAGAUGAACGGCGAAGAAUUGAUGACUUUCUACGAGAAGCACCAACAACUGGGCAAGUACCUGCACAUCAUUCGCGACUCUCCCGUGUACCCAGUGAUCUAUGACUCGCAGCGUACUGUCUGCUCUCUGCCCCCUAUCAUCAACGGUGAUCACUCUAAGAUCUCAUUGGACACCACCAAUGUCUUCAUUGAGAUCACUGCUCUUGACCGCACAAAGCUCGAGAUUGUGAACCGCAUGAUGGUCACCAUGUUCUCCCAAUACACCUCCGAGCCGUUCACCAUCGAGCCCGUUCAGAUUGUGUCAGAGCACAACGGUCAGACUCGGGUCACCCCCGACCUCGCUCCUCGCACCACCACUGCCGAGGUGUCCUACAUCAACCAAUGCUGUGGCUUGGAUCUUACCUCUGCUGAGAUCAGCAACCUCCUGACCAAGAUGGCGUACCGUGCCAAGCCAUCCACGAACAACACCGAUACCAUUGACGUUGAGAUCCCCCCUACUCGCGCCGAUGUGCUUCACCAGUGUGAUAUCAUGGAGGAUGUCGCCAUCUCUUACGGCUUCAACAAUCUCCCCCGCUCUUUCCCCAGCAAGUCCGGCACUGUUGCCCAGCCCCUCCCCAUCAACAAGCUCUCCGACAUUGUCCGUGUCGAGGCUGCUAUGGCCGGCUGGUCUGAGGUCCUGCCUCUGAUUCUCUGCUCGCACGACGAGAACUUUGCCUGGUUGAACCGCAAGGACGAUGGCAACACCGCUGUCAAGCUUGCCAACCCCAAAACUACCGAGUUCCAGGUGGUCCGCACCAGCUUGCUCCCUGGUCUGUUGAAGACCAUCCGUGAGAACAAGGCCCACAGUGUGCCCAUGAAGAUCUUCGAGGUUAGCGAUGUUGCUUUCAAGGACUUGUCCCUGGAGCGCAAGAGUCGCAACGAGCGUCACUUUGCUGCCGCCUUCUACGGCAAGAGCAGUGGCUUCGAGGUUGUCCACGGUUUGCUCGACCGUGUGAUGUCUAUGCUGAAGAGCGCUUUCAUCAUUGCCGAGGAGGGCCUUAACAACCCCGCCAUUGGUGAUUCUCAAUAUUACAUCCAGGAGCUGGACGACCCCACUUACUUCCCCGGCCACAGCGCCUCCAUCCACCUGCGUGUCGGCGGCAAGGACCACGUUAUUGGCUCUUUCGGUAUCCUCCACCCCACCGUGCUGGGCAAGUACGAGCUCAAGUACCCCGUCAGUACUCUGGAGAUCAACAUCGAGCCUUUCCUGUAG